ACCGGCUGGGGAGGGAGGAGGGCGCCGCGCCGCGCUGCGCACUGGCCUCGCGGCUGCCCCGUCCUGCUGCUGCCGCCCGGUCUGGCCCCCGGGCCGGGGCCGCGCUGCCCCGAUGCACGGCCCGAGCGGUCCGCGCGCGCUGCUGCUGCUGCUGCUCGGCUGGCAGCUCGCAGCUCUUUGGCCCACAGAGGCCGUGGAAAUUUACACCUCGGGGGCGCUGGAGGCUGUGAAUGGGACAGACGUUCGGCUGAAGUGCACCUUUUCCAGCUUUGCCCCUGUGGGAAGUGCACUGACAGUGACCUGGAAUUUCCGCCCUCGAGAUGGGGGCCACGAACAGUUCGUUUUCUACUACCACAUGGAGCCCUUCAAACCCAUGAGCGGGCGCUUCAAAGACCGGGUGGUCUGGGACGGGAACCUUGACCGCAAGGAUGUCUCCAUUCUCCUCUGGAAGCUGCAGUUCGAUGACAAUGGGACGUACACCUGUCAGGUGAAAAACCCCCCAGAUGUGGACGGGCUGGUUGGGACGAUCCGGCUCAGCGUUGUGCAGACUGUACGGUUCUCUGAGAUGUACUUCCUGGCUCUGGCCAUUGGCUCUGCCUGUGCCUUGAUGGUCAUCAUUGUAAUCAUCGUGGUCCUCGUCCAGCAUUUCCGGAGAAAGCGGUGGACAGAAAGAGCGCACCGGGUGGUGGAGAUAAAACCAAGGGAAGAGGAGAAGCUCAAUGAAGAAAAAAAGAUUUCUGUUUCUCUAGAAGACACAGACUAAUCCCGUUAGAUGGAAGCUGAAGAUUUCCAAGAACGAGAACUAUAGUACUGCAGUUGAUGGGAACCUUUCUUUGGUAUUUCCAGUUCUGGCCUGUCUUCUGACAAAUCUGCAGAACACACCCAGCAGGAUAAACACCACCACCCCUCUGCAGGCAGCACAGCUCCUGAGCGAUGCCCGCAGCUCACACACAGUCUCAUUAUUAAGGUUUUAUUUAAUUUCAGACUACCAGUAUUUUUCAAAUCCUCAUUAGUUUUUAUAAACUAAGAAGCUACAUUUUUGCCCUCACACACCCCCUGUAGGGCAUGACGUAUAUUGGCAACAAAUGGGAUACAGACAUUUGCUUUCACACAUUCCUUUCUUUAGAGCAUCACUCUUGCUACUAAAGUUAAUGUUUGCUUUCUUUCCUUUUCGCAUUUCCAUUAAAGGGUGAGUUAAGCCUCCCAGACAUUUUUCCACUAACAGGAAAUUCCCAGGACAAACUGUUAAGUGGUUUUUAUGGCUCUCUUAAGCAUGGGACACGCCUUAUUUAAUUGAAGUUUUUUCAGUAUCCCAGGUGAUAGGGUUUUUUUUUUUUUUUGUUUGUUCAUUUUUGUCAGUUAAUCCAAGAUUUAAAGUAGCCCAAGUCCAAAUCACAGGGCAACUGCAAAAGGUUGCAUAGACACCACUAUAUUGGCAAAUGCCACUUUAGGAUGUGUUAUUUGGUAUCUUUUUUUCUUUAUUGUGAAAAAUAAUUAACUGAAGGUCUUUCCUGAGCUGUUACUGUAUAUUUCUGCUCUGUGCUUCCACUGAAUUAUAGAGCAAACUGUGCUCAUGUGCAGACUGGAAGCAGUAAGUAGUUUAAUAUAUGAGGUAUGAAAUAGUAUUUAACAUUUUAAAAACUUAGGUCUGGUGAAAAAAGACCAACUCUAAAUGAUGAUAAUUUUGUACAGUAUUAUACAAAAGUUUGAGAACUGGAAGAGAGUAUGUAAAGUUUUUUCUUUUUCUUUGUUUUUUGAUUGUAAUUCACUUGUUUAAUGGACAGAGAGUUUGGUACAGAGCCAAGAAAUACCAAAACUACUUUAACUGAAUGAAACUGUUCUUUUCCCCCCUUAUAUUGGUAGAUACAUUUUGUAAGCGGGCUAUGGAAAGAAGAGAGCUUUUACAAAGUGUCUCAUUACCCAGUAUCUUUCCAAACUUAUGCAUUUUUUAAAGGACAGAAAACAUCUUCAAGUGAGGCUUGGGUGGUGCACACCUGUAAUCCCAGCUCUUGGGAGGCUGAGGCAGGAGGACUGUUGCAAGUUCGAGACCAGCCUGGGCUAGAGUGAGCUCAAGGCCAGCCUGAACUGCAUAGUGAGACCCUGUCUCAAAAAGACAAAACAAACAAACAAACAAAAAAAAACCCACAAAGAAAACAUCUUCACAUUUAGGUCAGAUCUAUAUAAUGUGGUAUUUUCAAUUUUCAUUGACUAAGCUGCUGAUACUAUUUUAUUUUUAACAAACUGAAUUUUCAAAUAGAUUAUCUAUAUUUAAAGAUACUGGAUGUUGAUAUUUUUUUCAAUAUUAUUUCUUUAAUUGCUUGUUGGACUUUUGGCCAAGAUAAAGCAUAUUUCUUUAAAAUUAGUAUAAUUUUACCUAUGAACCUUGAUUCUAAAACUUAUUCAAUACCUAUAUCAUUCUGCCUUUUAAAAAGUAAACUCUCAAUACCUAGUUUUGAAACUAAAAAGUAGAUUUGAAACCUUUAUUCCACAUAUUAUAUUUUUGUUUGUAGUUUAACCUGUCAAAAUAUAACUGGAUAUUUCUUCAAACAGAUAUCUUGAUGAUGUUCCAUAAGUGAAACAAAGUAAUAGUUAAAACCUCAUCGUUUUUCCAGCAGUCUUAUAGCUUGUGUCUUGGGGUAAUAGAGCCUUGUUGUUUAGUGUCUCCUCCCUGAAGAGCAUUUUUGUACUGUAAUUUAUUUUUUAUUAUACUUCAAACACUAUGUAAAUACAUCUUUAGUAAUAAAGAAUUAUCAAUUAUAUAA